AUGGAUCCCGAGAGCCCACGGCUGAGGCCAUCGAUAGAAAUCGGAGCCCAAACGCCAUCCACUGAUAAAUCAUUUGAUGAUUUCGAUGGUUUGUGUCAAAGCAGAAGCCAUUCGAGUCAAAGCACCAAAACUGCCAUUCAUUACAGUCGGGAAACCAUUAAAGACCCGAACAGACUGGACAUCAGUCCCGAUAACAUCAGCAAAACUCAUAGUAUGACAGACUUCGGCGCCAGUGAUGGCAAUAAACAUAAGGCGCGAAAAGUUUCGUCGGAAAACUCUCUGAAAAAGUUGUCGAUAAAAAACUUGCCGUCGCUUUUGAGAUCGUUGUCGAGUCAGACAAAUAUCAAUAGUAAUAAGAAACGACUGAAGACAUUAAAUCGACGCAAAAUCGGUUUACAUUACAGAUCAGCCGAUAAUAUGACUCAUUUGGAGUCCAAUUCGUGUGAAGCCAUCAAUCAUCAGAUGUCGGACACGAUUCUCAACAAAAGGAGAUCCACUGCUUUUGAAUUGUAUGAAAUCAAUCGCUUUGAAUGCGCCGAUUGUGAGGACAUUAGCCAUCAGAUUGUCUGCAACGAAGAGAGAGUCGAACUCAUGAGUGAUAAGACAUUAAGUGAUAAUAGCGGUAGAGAUAAAGAUAAAGAUAGCGCUGUUUCGAAAGAAAAUGAGCAAAAAGUUUCAGAAAGUAGUGGUUUUACUACGAGUGAAGACAUGCCUCUUAUAGGGGCUCCUAAUCUAUAAUAAGCCUCCAAUGGUUACCAUUAAGUGAUUUGAUUGUAUUGUUUCUUUGAAUCCACCGAUUGUUUCAAUGGUUUGUC